AUGACUGUUAGGAAUGUGGUUUCUUGGACCGCCAUUAUUAACGGGUACUUGAACUUCGGUUUGGAUGAUGAAGCUUUGGGUUUGUUUAGUGAUGCUAUUAAUGAUGGGGUUCAACCGAACGGUAAUAUGUUUGUGUGUGUCUUUAAUUUGUGUAGUAAGAGGGUGGAUUAUGAGCUUGGGAGGCAAGUCCAUGGUGGUGUCUUGAAGGGUGGUUGGAGCAACUUGAUUGUUGACAGCGCCGUUGUUAAAUUAUAUGCGCAAUGUGGAGAGCUGUCAAGUGCUUUCCCGCGCAUUUGA